AUGACGCUGGAGGAGUUUGCGGGAAAGCUCAGUAGCUGAGCGGCCGCCUCGGAUGAAGGUGCAGUCAGAAAAGCACGCCGUGGAAGUCGACGCUCCCGCCCUGAUUGGCGGGCUGCUGUCCCGUGGGAUGGAUGACGGCCAGGAGCAGGACAGCUACGAGGAGCGCCUGAAGGAAGUCUUCAACAGUUUCGACACCAGCGGCUGCGGCUCGCUGAGUCCAGAGGAGCUCUCUGACCUCUGUCAGUCUCUGCACCUGGACCAUGCGGCGCCGAGCCUCCUCCACACGCUGCUCCAGGACCAGGACCGCAUCACGGCCAGGGUUGGCUUCGACCAGUUCAAGCAAGCGCUCAUCCUGGUGCUGUCGUCAGCCAUCGAGCCUCCCGAAGCCGAACAGGACCCCCCGCCACAGCCAGAGUCUCCUGAGAUCAAACCAAAGUUCGUGAAGGGCAGCAAACGUUACGGCCGCCGCUCUACGCCGGAGCUCCUGGAGCCCGUCUCAGACCUGUCCGAAGUCACUAACUUUAACCCAGCCGACGAGGAGGAUGUGGAGGACAACGAUGACUCUGCUGUUCCCAGGAAGCGUGAGCGCUGGAAUGCCCACAACAUCAGCACAGAGGAGUACGAGGCAGAGGGCCAGAUGCAUCUGUGGAACCCCGACGAGCCAAGCACGCCCCGGGGGUCCAGCGCCCCCCUGUCCGAACGCUCGGAGGAGCGACUGCGCGAAGCGUGCGAGGACGUGGCCAUGGCUUGGGACGGAUGUGCGCCUCAGUCCGAGCUGCUGGCUCUGUGUGAACGUCUGGGCCUGGAGGUGAACAGUGAUGUUCUCCUCAGUCUGGCUGACGACGGAGUGAUGAAUGUUCAAGAUUUCUUCUCCAGGGUGGUGAACAGCAACAAACCGCUGACGCCCUCCGCCUCCACUCCAUAUAGGCAACUUAAACGACAUCACUCUACUCAGCCGUUUGAUGAGGGAGGCCGUAGAAUCUCUGCUCUGACCGGCACCAUCGGCAUGCGUCUGUUCUCGACGCUUGAUGACGGCAGCGGUUUCACUCCAGCUGAAUACAUCCUGGACGCCUGGAUAGAGGAGGGAAUAGAAAACAGCGCCGACAUCCUCCAGGCUUUGAACUUCGACCUAGAUGGAAAACUAAGUCUCGGCGACCUGACUGUGGCCCUGGAAAACGAGCUGCUCAGUACCAAGAAUCAAAUUCACCAAGCAGCAGUGGCAAGCUUCAAAGCUGAAAUCAGAUAUCUCCUGGAGCGAGUGGACCGGGAAAUCCGGGAGAAGGAGAAAAUCCAGUCGGAUCUGGAAAAGGCCGAGAAGCAGAAGACUCAGCUCGCCACGGAGGUGGAUGAGCAUCACUCUGCGAUUGAGCACAUGAAUAAUCUAAAUCUCAGGAAGCUUGAGCAGGACUACAAGGAGAAGCUGGCAGCUGUGCGGUCGCAGCUGAUGAAGGAGAUGGACCAGAUCCAGCAGCAGGCCGGCCUGCAGCGCGAAGAACUGGAGGCAGAGAUGGAGAAGAUCAGGGAAGCCGAAUCAUUGCUCAGAGAUCACCUCUCCAUCUCAGUGAAGGAGAACAGGCGACUCGAGGUGGAUUUGCUUGACUGCAGUGAAAAGCUAACGGAGGCACAGAGCCAAAUAAGCAAACUCCAGGCAAAUCUGGAGAACCUCAUGAAAGACAAGUUUGGAGACCUGGACCCUGGCAGCGCAGACUUCUUUCUUCAGGAGGAUCGCAUCAAACAGCUACGCUGCAGUUAUGAAGCCCAAUGCAGGGAGCUGCAGGAUCGCAUCGACGAGCUGCAGUCAGAGCUGCGGGAUUUUCACGCUCUCGGACGAUCUCAGGAGUCUGGAGGCAAACCUCUGUCUGAGGAGCUGGAGAGCAAAAGCCCCGGCAUGGAGUCCGACCCAGGUCUCGGUUCAGACGAGGUUCAGCCUUUCAGCAUGAGCCUGGAGGCCGAGAUGAUGCUGGAGCAGCUCAAGGAGCAGCACCUACGGGAAAUGGAGGAUUUGCAAAACCAGCUUGAAAGCAAGAUCGCGGAAUUUGAAAAGUUGCUGGAGAAACAGAACGAGACCCACAAAGACCAGAAAGCUGCCUUGAUCCUCCGGUACCAACAGGAGAGCCAGACUUUGAAGGAGGAGCUGGCCAGAGCUCAGAGCCAGCUCCAGCAUGCAGAGCUGAAGCUGAAGCAGGCCGGCGAGGAGCAAGACCUCAAGAACCAGCAGGAAGACGAAGCCGGACCUCUCAGACAACAGCUGCUGGAAGCACACGCUCAGAUCGCUGACCUGGAGGACCAGCUGAACUCCCUGGAAAGCCAGCAGGCGGAGACGGAGGAAAACCUUCUCUCUGAGAUGGAAGAGCUGAGGAACCGACACGCCGCAGAGGUCCGAAAACUACAGGAGGAGCAGGCCAGACUGGCGCGGGAGGGACAGAAGCUGCAGCAGCAAAGGGAUGAGCUGGAGCAAAGGCUAGUUGAUGACUGGGAAAGGGAAAAGAAAGUCCUGGAAGAAAGCCACCAAAACGAACUUAGAGUCCAGUUAGAGGAGGCGAAGCUGCUGCGUGAGAAGGAGCGGGACGAGACGGUGAGCGAACUGACGGAGCGCUGGCAGGCGGAGCGGGCGCGGCAGGAGGAGCAGAACAACAAGACUCUGCAGGCGCUCCUCGAGGAGGAGAUGCUGGGACUGGUCAGGGAGCAAGAGGAGAAGGAGAACGCGCUGAGGGAGCAGUGGGCGAGCGAACGGGCUCAGCUCCAGGAGCGGCACGACGAGGCCGUCCUGGACCGAGUCCUUCAGGAGAGGCUGCAGCUGCAGGAGCAGUUUGAGCUGAGGGAGACGCGCUUGAAGGAGGAGUGGGAGAGGGAGAAGCUACAGCUGGAGGAGGACUACGAAGGGAUGCUCCAGGAGCGGCUGAAUGAGGAGCGAGAGAAGCUUGAGGCCGAGAGGGAGGAGGAGGAGAGGAGGACGGAGAAGCUGAUGGCCGAGGAGAGGGCCCGGCUAGAGGAGAGCCACGGGGAGGCCGUGAGGGAGCUCGUCCGCAAGCACGCUGAGGAGAGGAGCGCACUGGGCGCCGUGUUGGACAAGCUACGAGAGGACAUCGCUAAGGAAAGGAAGGCAGUAGAGAUCAGCUUCACCCAGAGAAUCCGAGAAGUAGAAGAGCGCUUCUCAUGCGAUCAGGAAUCUGCGGCGGAGCGGUUUCAAGUCGAGAUCUUCAAACUCGAACAGCAUUACCAAAGUGAGCUGAGGAGCCUCUGUGAAAGCCACGGCGAGCAAAAGCUACGCUGGCAGACAGAAAUGCAGAAAGUUCUCCAGGACGCAGAAGAACAAAGAAAAACGGCGGAGGAGGCCGUGGAGCAGGAGAGGGAGAGACGUAAUGGGGAGUGGGAGGACGAGCGACGAGAGCUUGAAAAUGCUCACGCCGAAGAGAUUGAAGCGCUAAAGGUGGAGAUCAAGCAGCUCCAAAGUGAACUGGAGGAUGUUCUAACGAGGGCCCAGAGCAAGGAAAUAGAGCUCAGCAUGCAGCUGAACGAGCUCCACAGCCGGCUCCAGGAGCAACACCAGCUCCUCGCUCAGUCCGAGGAGAGGUUUCUGCAGACAGAGCUGCUUCUCAGUCAAACCGUGGACGAUUUUAAGCAGGAGAGGGCAGAGCUGCUCAGCAACAAUUCAGGACUUCAGGCAAAGUGCAGUGAGCUUACUUCCCAUUCUGAGGGGCAGGCUGCAGAGAGGAUUGGACUGCUAACCGAGCGGGAUGACUUGCAGGUUAAAGUUGAGGAGCUGGAGGCGCUUCUCAAACAAGCAGCGCUGGACUUUGAGCUUGAGAGGAGGGAGAUGCUGGAGAGUCUGGUGGUUCUGGAGGCAAAACUCAGAGAUGCUCCAGAAGUUGACAUCCAGACGUCCCGAGCAGAAAGCAAUGUAAAGGAGCUACAGGUGCAGCAGGAACAGAUUUUAUCCACUGUAAAUGAAACCAUUGGGAAGGAAUCAAACAAUGUCAGUGCAUUUAUAGAGAAGCAAGACGAUGAAUCCUCUCCGGAUCUGUCUGAUCAAGACGAAGAUGUAUCAGAAAGGCUCUCUGGUCUGGCAAGUUUAAAGGCCGACCCAGACUGCGAUGGUGGUGACUUUGCCACCAUUGAGGAUCAGAUGGAUGAGCAGGAUCGCCAAGAUGAAGGGACUGAAAAUCAGGACGUACAGACUGAAGACUCUAGUGCUUUCGAUGAGGGUCGCAAUGAUGACAACCUCGGCGUUCCUUCUGAUCAAAAACUGGGCUCAGAAUCACCUGACGGUUAUUUUUAUGUCGAAUACAAAAACAAAGCGGUUUCCCCUGAGAUGCAGGGUGAAGACUUCUCCCCGCUCCAGGCGAUGGCGGACGGUGAAAAUAAAGCAGCUCGUGAAUCAUGCAACCAGGAGACCAAACCACAAGAGGACCAUGGAAGCCGUUUCCACGGAGAUCAGCAGCAUCAUGAGACUGUGGUUGGGGCUUUACUGCCGGAGGAGACAGCAGGUGACCCCGCUGAGCUCUCAGUGCAGGAUGCCGAGAUUAAUUGUUUACCAAAUAGUUCUCACGACCGGCAGGGAAGCCUUGACUGGGAUUGUGAGAACGAGAACCAGGACAAGUCUAGCAACGAUGGUGUAGAAACUGUUGACGGGGCGUUUGAUCGUGAGAGCCAAGAGUGUGCUACUGUAAAACUGCAGGCGUCGUAUAACGCUGCCACAGAGGAGAAUGUCCUGCUACAUGAGAAGAUCUCCUUGCUCCAGCAGAAAACGGAAAUACUCGAGAGUUUGCUGGCGCACCACGGCGACAAGUUCAAAAGCGGUCGGCAGAUUCUGGAGGAAAACUACAAGCUCAAAGUGCAGACGCUGGUGUUGAUGGAGCAUGUCCGAGAGCUGCAGGCGAAGAGCUUAAAGAUGGCAGACCUCCAGAUCAGAUACGACGACUGCAUGUGCGAAAACGCUAAGCUCAAGGAGCAAAACGACGCCCUCGAAAACCGGGUGUGGAGCCUCGAGAGCAGGCUCAAUGUUUUCCACGACUGCCGAGGUCGGCACGCCUCGCUCGUGGAUGAGAUCAGCGGGAUGCGGGCGGAGAACGACGAGCUCUCUCGCCUGCUGAGCGAACUGGAGAGGCAAGACGAGCUUUUGACCUCUGACACGGCGGAGAGACCCGUGGAUGAGGCACCGGUGCCCCUCUGUGAUCACCUGGGGGAGAAAUCUCCCGCAGGAACCGGUGUCGAGGACUGCUGCAAGGAGUUUGAAGAGCAGAACGGCAGACUCCGCCGAGCCAUCGCGGAGCUGCAGGACGAGUUGCAGAUAAUAAACGAAGCCACUCGGGCUCAUAGGUCUGAAGCGAUGCAUCUCGCUGAGGAAAACAUCUCUCUGCAGAAAAACAUCACUGCGCUGAAGGAAGGAGACUUAAAGGACGUCAAGGACGAGUUGAUACAAACUUUGGAGCACUUGGAAAAAGAAAAGUGUGCAGCUCAACAAUCAGCUGAACAUUUCACUAAACAGAUUUCAGAGUUGCAUCUUCAGAGCCAGCGACUGGAAGAUGACAACGGCACGCUGACAGAGAAAAAUGCCCAAAGCGUCGCCGACAUAGAGAGUCUACGAGAGCAGCUAGCUGAGCUGAUAACGGAAAACGAGACGAGGGAGGCGUUCCACUCUGAAGAGAGAAACGAGAUGGCAGCGUGUGUGUCUGGUCUGGAGGCAGAGUUAACCAAAGCUCUGGAGGACACUACACAGCUGGAGGAGAGAAAUGUCCAGCUCUCACAGCAGCUCUCUGAUCUCAGGGAGAAGUUGAAAUCUGCAGAUGAAAGCUUUAAAGUUGUGAACCGGCAAAAUGCUCGGCUGAAGUCGGACCUCCGCGCUGUGCAGCAGGAGAAGGAUUCCCUGAAGCACGAGGUUGCCGUGCUGCACAAGCAGCUGCAGAAUGCAAACGACAAGAACCAUAUUUUGGAGAUGACCUUGCACUCGAGCGGUCUGCAGUCUCAGAGCAAGAAGCUGUAUAGAGAAGAGCUUUCCUGGCUGAUGGAGCAGGAACAGCAGCUGCUGAGGCAGGAAAACGAGAGGCUCAAAGCUGAAGUACACGGCAUCAACAGCGACCUCGUCCAGUCCAGAGAAAAGAUCCAUCAACUUGAUGCCACAAUCCUCUCGCUGAACAAGCAGAAACAGCAAAGCCACUCCUCCCUCCUGAGGGCCCUGGAACAGGAGAACAGCUCUCUGAAACAGGAGGAGCUAGAAGCAAAAGGCAAACUGCCGCGGGGAUGUGAUCCUGAGCAAAGCCACACAGAGCUGGAUAGUCUUCAGCAAGAAAACGAGGUGCUCAAGGCUCAGAUGUCUCGGCUGUCUGCACAGGUGAUGGAGUCGUUUCAGGUCCAGUUCGGUGGACCUGUUCCUCCAUCACCACAAAGAGGGCUGAGAGGACAGCAGCGUGGUGAGGAUCCAGACAACAUGCAGGGGGCGAUGCCGGAGCAACGGGCCGCUCACGCAGACACCUACAGGCGAAUCGGUGGAUUGUGACGCCUGCUCCUUCCGCUGCGCUUAACUUUUCACUUCUCCUCCUCCGCUGCAAUAUUUGGAGCAAAUAAAGUCAGAGCGUUACACGUGAUGCUGCGUGCUUCCCGCACCCUUGUGGGAGAUUGUGAAUGGGCCUGAUUCAAAGGUGCAAAGGUGUAAUUGUGUUUCUCUGCCCCUAGGGGGCGGUGACGUGCAGAGAAGAAUCCUGUUAGUUUCUUUUUUUGUUUUUUUUUUUUACAAGGGGAUGUAGAUUACAACAAUGACAUUACCCCUAAAAGCUAUGUUUCUCUUACAUAUUUUACAAAAUAUAACUCUUAGUGUACAAACAGUCUACAAAUAUCGACAAACUGGUACAAAUUCUUUUCUAUUUUCCUAAAUAUAGUUGAUUGCAGGAAAUCUUGGUGCUGGAUGUACGUCCUGGGAGUUUUCAUUUAAAGCACUUUUACCUUUUGUAAUGAAUGUGACCGGGUAUUUAUCCUUAGAGGCGGAAUCUUGGGACUCUCUGCCCUUUUAUCAUGGAUGAAAGUCAUGUUUAGGUGUCAUCUAAGCUUUUCAUUAACUCACUAAACCUGUUACUUUAUGACAGAACAUCCCUGAUGGGUUUUCUUUUUUGUUAUUUUCGACCAAAUAUUUAUGUUAAACAAUACAUUUAGAUGAAUGUCUUCUGGACCUGUUUUUUGCUGCUGUGCAACCAAAGUGAAUCAGAGGUUUUUCUGUCUCUAACCUAUUCACAUUUUUAUUUCACUACCGGUUAUUCUAGUAUUUACUUUCAAUUAGCGUGCCAUUAUGUUUCUCUGUCUUAUGUGUUUUGAGUUGUCACUUUUUUCCACCUGUUAGUUUAUUUUUAUUUAUUUAUUUAUUUAUUUAUUUUUUGUUAUUUAUUUUAUCUUGCUAUUUUUUUAUGCAUUAAAUUAUUUUUGUAGGUUUAUAUUGAAUUAUUCUAAACGUAUUUAUUUUAAAUUUUUUUAGGGCAUAAUAUUUAGAAUUGUACCUAAUAUCAUUCAUUGCAAAAAAUCAGGUGAAAAUAAAGCAACUACAUGACCAUAAA